AACACAGAGCACCUGAGCCAGGAGGGGCCCAGAACAUCGAGUGGGCCGGGUUGGAGCCCCAGUACUCAGCCCCCAGGCAGAAGCGCUCUUUCCUGUCCCCUACACUGCCCUGACUCCGUCACCCUCAGUGCCCCCCAUGCGUCCUCGAGCCUGCGGUGGGGUUUCUUUGUCGGCGCCCUGGGCUUAGAGGCCGGACGUUCGCUUUCAGGUACUAAUCCGUGCGCGGAGAAGAACGGGGGCUGCAGCCACCUUUGCUUCUUUACGCCCCACGCGACCAAGUGCGGCUGCCCCAUCGGGCUCGAGCUGCUGAACGACCUGCAGACCUGCAUCAUCCCCGAAGCCUUCCUGGUCUUCACGAGCCGAGCCGCCAUCCACCGGAUCUCCCUGGAGACGAACAACAAUGAUGUGGCCAUCCCCCUGACCGGCGUCAAGGAGGCCUCCGCCCUGGACUUUGACGUCUCCAACAACCACAUCUACUGGACCGAUGUUAGCCUGAAGACCAUCAGCCGGGCCUAUAUGAACGGGAGCUCUGUGGAGCAUGUGAUAGAGUUUGGCCUGGAUUACCCCGAGGGCAUGGCCGUGGACUGGAUGGGCAGAAACCUCUACUGGGCAGACACGGGCACCAAUCGCAUCGAGGUGGCUCGCCUGGAUGGGCAGCACAGACAGGUGCUGGUGUGGAAGGAUCUCGACAACCCCCGGUCCUUGGCCCUGGACCCCACCAAAGGGUACCUCUACUGGACAGAGUGGGGCGGAAAGCCCAGGAUCGUCCGGGCCUACAUGGACGGAACCAACAGCAUCACUCUGGUGGACAAAGUGGGUCGGGCCAAUGACCUGACCAUUGACUACGCAGACCAGAGGCUCUACUGGACUGACCUGGACACCAACAUGAUCGAGUCUUCAAACAUGCUGGCCCUGGGCAGCGAGGAGAUCCUGCCACCCUCUCCUUUGUCCUGCCUGAGAAUGGCUAAGGACAGCCUUCCUCGCUUCUCAGACCUGAUUGCCUUAGUAUGGGGUACUCCUGGGAAAGGAAAGCCCUUUACUGAGGCCGCCAGAGAAGAAAUACAGGAGUCUUUCCUGGCUCAGGCUGAGAGUGGGUUCAGCUUAGAAGGGAGAACUGUGGAGUGUGACCUCAGAGAUCUAACCUUCUGGACAGUGACCUCAGAGAUCUGA